GUGUAGUACUUGUUGCAUCCCUGCGCUCUCGUUGGCUGCAUCCUCUGUCAAUAACAAUGAGCUCGUUUCAGGAAUGGUGGGUUCACUUGUAACAGCUGUACGUUUUGUCAGUGCUGGUGUUUAGUGAUUUAAGGUAUCACAAACAGAGGACUGGCGAAUUAUUCCAAACAUGUACGGUUUUGUGAACCAUGCACUAGAACUUCUGGUGUUGAGAAAUUAUGGUCCAGAUGUGUGGGAGGACAUCAAGAGAGAGGCUCAGGUUGAUGUAGAAGGACAGUUUUUGGUCAGAAUUAUCUAUGAAGAUGCCAAAACAUAUGACCUUGUGGCUGCUGCAAGCAAAGUACUAAAAAUGGAUGCCGGAGGCAUCUUGCAAAUGUUCGGGAAAAUGUUUUUUGAGUUCUGUCAGGAAUCUGGCUAUGACACUAUCCUUCGAGUGUUGGGCUCCAAUGUCCGUGAAUUCUUACAAAAUCUGGACGCAUUGCAUGACCAUCUGGGCACCAUCUACCCCGGCAUGCGCGCGCCCUCCUUCCGCUGCACGGAUGCAGAGAAAGGGAACAACCUCAUUUUACACUAUUACUCUGAGAGAGAAGGUCUUCAGGACAUCGUCAUAGGGAUCAUCAAGACAGUUGCACAGCAGAUUCAUGGAACUGAGAUUGAGAUGAAGGUCAUUCAGCUGAAGAGUGAAGAAUGUGAUCACAUUAAGUUCUUGAUUGAGGAGAAGGACUCGGAGGAGGAGGCGUUUUAUGAAGACUUGGAUGGUUUCGAGGAGAAUGGGACUCAAGAGACACGGAUCAGUCCGUAUACCUUCUGCAAGGCUUUCCCAUUCCACCUGAUGUUUGACAAGGACCUCAUGCUCACACAGUGUGGCAAUGCCAUCUUCAGAGUUCUGCCACAGCUGCAGCCUGGCGUCUGUAACCUGUCCUCAGUGUUCUCGCUGGUGCGGCCACACAUAGACUUCAGUUUCCAUGGCAUCCUGUCUCACAUCAACACUGUCUUUGUGCUGCGGAGUAAGGAGGGCCUAUUGAAUGUAGAGACUGCGGAGAGUGAAGAUGAACUCACAGGAACAGAGAUUAGCUGCCUGAGACUGAAGGGCCAGAUGAUCUCACUUCCUGAGACUGAGAACAUCCUUUUCCUGUGCUCACCAAGUGUUAUGAAUCUGGAUGACCUGACAAGGAGAGGUCUGUACCUGAGUGACAUUCCUCUUCAUGAUGCCACCCGAGACCUUGUGUUACUGGGGGAGCAGUUUCGUGAAGAGUACAAGUUGACCCAGGAGCUGGAGAUCCUGACUGACCGUCUGCAGCACACGCUCCGAGCCCUGGAGGAUGAGAAGAAGAAGACAGACAGGUUGCUGUAUUCGGUUCUUCCUCCGUCUGUAGCCAAUGAGCUUCGUCAUAAGCGGCCCGUGCCUGCUAAACGAUACGACAAUGUGACAAUUCUUUUCAGUGGCAUUGUUGGGUUCAAUGCGUUCUGCAGCAAACAUGCAUCAGCAGAGGGAGCCAUUAAAAUUGUCAAUCUGCUCAAUGACAUCUACACUAGAUUUGACAUUCUCACUGAUUCUCGGAAGAAUCCUUAUGUUUAUAAGGUGGAGACAGUUGGUGAUAAGUACAUGACUGUGAGUGGUCUUCCGGAGCCCUGCACCCACCAUGCAAAAUCCAUCUGUCAUCUGGCCCUGGACAUGAUGGAGAUCGCUGGACAGGUGAAAGUAGAUAAGGAUCCUGUACAGAUCACCAUUGGAAUCCACACAGGAGAGGUGGUCACAGGAGUCAUAGGUCAAAGAAUGCCCCGUUACUGCCUGUUUGGAAACACGGUCAACCUAACAAGUCGUACAGAGACCACAGGAGAGAAAGGGAAGAUAAAUGUGUCGGAGUACACAUACAGGUGUUUGCAGUCAGUGGAAAACGCCGAUCCGCAGUUUCAUUUGGAGUACAGAGGACCUGUAACCAUGAAAGGAAAAAAAGAACCAAUGAAAGUGUGGUUUCUCUCACGCAAGACCUAACAGACGCGCCAUAGAGCCGCAGCGAUGCGAUUUUUAUUGUGUUCUCAGCUAAUGUGUGUUCUUUCUGAAAUCUAUGAAUAGGAGCAUGCUUUGCUUUCUUCAUCAAGAUCAUUUUAUUCUUCCCCUCUCAAAUUAAGAAUGUUCUUUGGUGACCCCUGCAUUUCAAGUGCCAAUUAUCUCUGAUUCACAGAUAAUGACAAAAUAGGGGGAAAAGGGUAUUGCAUAGCUAAAGGUAAACAGAGCUCUACACAUUUUACGUAGAAAUAUGGAAAUGACUGUCCAUUUGAUAUUAAUCAUACUAUUAGAGUGCCAGCUAUUGAAUAGAUUUAAUACAGAAACAGAACAUCGGAAUAAAUAAAACUGGAACAUGGUACAAAUACACUAUGCAACGUGCAGACAUGCUCAUCAAGUGUUUGUUUUCAUCUUGGUUUAUUUAUAGUAAAGAAUGUGACAGUAUUUAGAUCACUACCAAGUCCAGAAAUUUUUUUUUAUUUCAUCA